AUGGAGCUGAAGUUACUGAUCUUGUUCCUUCUUUUAGUUGCAGCCAUGGAAGCUGCAAUAUCAGAAGCUAAAUCCCUUAAAGGCUGCCUCAAGAAAUGUGGGGAAGUAGAGAUUCCAUAUCCAUUUGGUGUGGGGGACAACUGCUCCUUGGAGAAGCCAUUUAAUCUCACCUGUGACACUUCUACAUCCACAUUAUUCUACGGAAAAAACCCAGUUUCAAGCAUAUCUGUCCAACAUGUUGUGCUAGAUGGGACUGUUUCAAAUGUUAGCUGCCAAAAUGGUUCCAGUCCAUACUGUGCCUGCAAAAACAACACAUACCAUGUGGACUAUUACUCCAACGCUGGUCAUCGGUACAAAUGCAAAUGCAAACCUGGUUUGAGGGAAAUCCAUACUAUUUGGAUGGAUGUCAAG